GGCGGCGGCCGCAGCCGCAGGAAAAUGCUGGAAGCCAGCGGGCGCGCACCGCGGAGGUGCUGAAGGGACAGUUCCCGUGGUAGAACUUGCCCCUGAACGCGCAGGGCACAUAAGCCAUGGAGACUAUCUGGAUCUAUCAGUUCCGCCUCAUCGUGAUCGGGGACUCCACGGUGGGCAAGUCGUGCCUCCUGCACCGCUUCACCCAGGGCCGCUUCCCAGGGCUGCGCUCCCCAGCCUGCGACCCCACGGUUGGAGUCGACUUCUUCUCGCGCCUGCUGGAGAUUGAGCCGGGCAAGAGGAUCAAGCUGCAGCUCUGGGACACGGCGGGGCAGGAGCGCUUCAGAUCAAUAACUCGAUCCUAUUAUCGCAACUCAGUUGGUGGAUUUUUGGUAUUUGACAUUACUAACCGACGGUCUUUUGAACAUGUGAAAGAUUGGCUAGAAGAAGCAAAAAUGCAUGUACAGCCUUUUCAUAUUAUAUUUCUCCUGGUGGGACAUAAAUGUGAUUUAGCUUCACAACGCCAGGUGUCAAGGGAAGAAGCCGAGAAACUGUCAACAGACUGUGGAAUGAAGUACAUAGAAACCUCAGCAAAAGAUGCUACAAACGUUGAGGAGUCCUUCACAAUCUUGACAAGAGACAUCUAUGAACUUAUUAAGAAGGGAGAGAUUUGUAUUCAGGAUGGCUGGGAAGGGGUUAAAAGUGGUUUUGUUCCAAACACUGUGCAUUCUUCUGAGGAAGCAGUAAAGCCCAGGAAGGAGUGCUUCUGCUGACUUCAACAUGGCAAAGAACUGUCACAGACAGGCCACGAUGCUUCUGGAUAAAUGCCGACAUUUACAGCAGAACGGCACAAGGAGUGAACACCUACGAAACAUCCAGACCCACGGUAUCACUGUCAUAAGCUGUUGGAUACAGGGCUCUGUGCUCACCAGUAACACUAACAGAUAACAUAGUCUGCUAAGUUAGGAGGUAAAGCAGACAACUUUUUUCCUGAAACCACUCUACAAAAUUACAUCCACUCUUACUUUCUUAGGGUACAGCUGACCUUAAGUGUCCAGAUAUGUCAGUAUUAUUCUUGACAGUUGAAAAUGUUUUUUCAUACAUGUAGUCUGGUUGAAAAGAAAUGUAUCAGGAUUAUGUUCUCCUGAGUUAAUUAGUAUUGAAUUAUAAAGUGCACUUGAAGGACCAACAAGAUGGCUCAGUGGGUAAGGAGCUUGUCACCAAAUCUGUAGACUUGAGUUUGAUCUCUGGAACCCCAUGGUAGAAGGAAAGAACCUACUUCCCUUGAAGUCAUUCCCUGACCUCAACAUGCAUGCUGUCAUACAGGUGCACACACAAAUACACAUGAAAAAGUGCAGGGACAUGCACUAAAUCAUGUGAAAAAUGCAUAAGACACACCUUGCAGGCUGGGGCCAUAGCUUAGUGGUAGAAUGUUUCCUUAGUUUCUGAAAACCUAGAUUCAAUCCCCAGCAUCAAGACUGGAAGGGGAGACAGCAAAGUACUUAUAAGAAGUCUCAGAAGUACUAACUAGGAAUAAAAUAAAAGUUUUCAUUUCAAAGUGCACAGAUAUGCUAUUAUUAGAACAUAGUAAGGUUUUUUGUUCCUGGGUUAAUUGGCCCUGGAAUCUUCAACUUUGAUAAGGUAUAUAAAUGUUCAAGCAAAUAUUUUAAGCAAAUAUUCACAAAAGGGAUCACUCAGGAGCAAGUACUUUGAUAUUAUAGUACACUGUCCAAAUUUAGCCAAGAAAAACAAACACAAAUUUAGUCAAGAAAAAAAAUAGUGACAUUUUCAAAGAAAAAAGUGCAGUUUACCUCAAACUAUUAUAAAAAUUAUCAAUAUACAUGCAGUAUUUUAAAAUUUUUCCAAAAUUAUCCUGUUUCCAGUAAAAGAAAAGUGGACAAGAUGUUCUGAACAAGAAAAAUGGUGUUAGCCACUUGAUUGAGCAUUCACAUUUCAUUUUACAGUCUCAUUAAUCAACAGGAGAGAAGAUAAAAUACUCAGUUAAAUGAAUAAAAUGAUGUAUAAGUUCAGUUCUUUUUUAACUAGUUUUUCUUUCUUUUUUGCAGUUUUGCUAUAUAGCUCAGACCCACUGGUCUCCGUCUCCCAAGUGCUGGGUAUAUGCCACCAUGCCCAGUUACUUCAUUUUUUGGCAGAGAGUGUGAGACAGGGUUUCACUCUGAUUGCCCUUGUUGGCCUCGAACUUGAUAUGUGGACUAGGCUGGAUUUGAAGUCAAAGGUUUGCCUGCUUCUGCUUCUGAGUGCUGGGAUCAUGUCUAAUUUUUAACUUACUGCUUGAACAUGCAUGGAAGGGACAUUUUGAUCACAGUGUUAAAUAUUUUAUAACAUGUAUAUCUGUUCUAUGCUAUAAAUCACAGAAGGGUAUCUAAUUACCCAAUGGAAUUGCCUUUUUGAAAUUGUAAGACUCUUAUGCUUAAACUUAUAGUAACUUUGUUUGAAAAUGGUAUAGUGUAGAAAAUAUUAAGCAAGAAGUCAGAGAACAUAGCUCUAAGCUUGCCUUUGCUCUACUAGUUAGUAUUUGACCAUAAGAAUGUCCUAUGAUCUCGAGUUGAGCCUAUUAGACUCAUUUAUUGAAUUUUAUGGAAUUACUAUUUUGAAAAUCAAGUGGAGUACAGAAAGCACUAUACAAGUGUAUUGCUGAUGCAGCUGCUUCUGGACAUUAUAUUUACAGUUGGUGAGAAUUUCUUUUCUUGUAUUCUGUCCUUCUACUUCUGUGUGGAGGUAACAGAAGUUGGUAUGUAUGUUCAUGGACCCAGAUGAGUCCUUGGUUGGCAUUGCCUUCUGUCCUUCUACCUUGAACCACCGUUCCUCUAAAGCAUAAACAAUAGAGAAGAAAGCCCUUGGAAAAUUAAUCUAAUCAAAAAGUUACAUCUGAUAAUGUUUUUGUGAAUCUCUGAAGUAGGUAUUUGAUUGUAUUUUAAAAUAUUAACACUUGUAUAUUUUCUAGGUUUGUGCAUUUUUAAUAGUGCUUAUGAAGAGAAUAUAAAUUAUGCUACUAUAAAAGCUCUGAAUAUUUAUAUUGUUGAUAUUUUUAUAUCCCCAGGCUCUUUUGUGGGAAUGCAUUCAAACUGCCCCUUCCCAUAUGAAGCCGUCUACUUUUACUGCUUGUUACAUUUCUAAAUUUUACAUUUCAAUCUUCCAUCACAUCCAAAAUGGCAUGACCUAAAAUACUGAAUAUCUAACAGUUUUACCUGUGGUCUACUUGUCAAGUUAAACAAUUGAAAUUUAAAGUGUGAUUUUUUUAUUCUCAGUGACACCUUUCAUAAUAGUAAUGCUGGAUAAAGACUAAAGUCUGGUCUGAAGGAUAGGAUGUGUUCUAUACUCAGAAUAGAAUUAGGAAGCUGGGUGCUAGAGAGAUGGCUCAGAGGUUAAGAGCGGUGGCUGUUCUUACAGAGGUCCUGAGUUCAAUUCCCAGCACCCCAUGGUGGCUCACAACCAUCUGUAAUGAGAUCUGGUGCCCUCCAUAAUAAAUAAUGAAAAAAAGAAUUAGGAAGCUGGGAGAAUGGGCCCCCAAAAGCUGAUCCUUGCAGGAGCAGAAACGUGUGUGUGUGUGUGUGUGUGUGUGUGUGUGUGUGUGUAUGCACGCGUUCAUGGUUGAGGUAUGUGAAAGGUUAAAUAAAGCUGAUCAAUUGCUUUUACUUUACAGAGGAGGUAUUUCCCUAACCCUUGUAGAGGAGGUGUCAACAGUGAGUGAUAAUUCUGACAUGGUGACAUAUACCUUUAAUCCCAGCACUCAGGAGGCAGAGGCAAGUGGAUCUCUGAGUUCUAGGUCAAGCCUAGUCUACAAAGUGAAUUCCUGGAUAGUCAGAGCUGUUGCACAGAGAAACUCUGUCAUGAAAACCCAAAAAUAAGACUGCCAAACAUGUAUACCCUUAACCCCAAAUCUAUCCAUAUAUAUAUAUAUAUAUAUACAUAUAUAUAUAUAGAUGUAUGUAUAUAUAGUGUGUUAUAUGUAUGUGUGUACUUAUGUAUGCAUACAUACAUAUAAUUGACCUAUUUCUUAUACAUCAUGGAGGGUGUGAUAAUUCCAAAAUAGUCAAUAUUUGAUCUAGGCAAAAAGAUUUUGCCUGGAUUUCUGUUUUUCUUUAGUGUUUUUCGAGACAGGAUUUCUCUGGGUAACAGUCCUGGCUGUCCUGGAACUCACUCUGAAUUUAAGGCCAGUCUGAUCUACAGAUCAAAUUCCAGA